GCUUCCUCAGAGGGGAUUUUGUUAGAAGGGCUCGGAACAGCAUUGUGUCGCAUUGUUCGGUGGUACUAAGACCGUUUUUAUUUGAAUUCAUUUCGGUGUCUUUUAUGAAUAAUCAAAAGCAGCAAAAGCCAACGCUAACCGGCCAGCGUUUUAAGACACGGAAAAGAGAUGAAAAGGAGAGAUUUGACCCUACUCAGUUUCAAGAAAGUAUCGUGCAAGGCUUGAACCAAACUGGCACUGAUUUGGACGCGGUCGCGAAGUUCCUGGAUGCAUCUGGCGCUAAGCUCGACUAUCGCCGCUAUGCAGAGACGCUCUUCGACAUCCUGGUGGCCGGUGGAAUGCUGGCCCCAGGUGGGACCCUUUCUGAUGACCUGACCCGUACUGAGUACUGUCUCUUCACGGCAAACGAAGACCUGGAGACAAUGCAAGCUUACGCUCAGGUUUUUAACAAGCUGAUCAGGCGGUACAAGUACCUGGAGAAAGGGUUUGAGGAGGAGAUCAAGAAGCUGCUGCUGUUUCUAAAAGGCUUCACAGAGUCCGAGCGUAACAAGCUGGCCAUGCUGACGGGCAUCCUGCUAGCCAACGGGAAUAUAUCAGCGUCCAUCCUGAGCAGCCUCUUCAACGAGAACCUGGUCAAAGAAGGUGUUUCUGCUGCCUUUGCCGUCAAACUGUUUAAAUCCUGGAUCAACGAGAAGGACAUCAACUCUGUCGCCGCCAGUCUGCGUAAAGUCGGCAUGGACAACAGGCUGAUGGAGCUCUUUCCGGCUAACAAGCGGAGCUGCGAGCACUUCUCCAAAUACUUCACAGACGCCGGGCUGAAGGAGCUCUCCGAUUUCGCUCGCAAUCAGCAGUCCAUCGGCGCUCGCAAGGAGCUGCAGAAAGAGCUGCAGGAGCAGAUGGCGCGUGGAGAGACCCUCAAAGACAUGAUUGGAUACGUGCGCGAGGAGAUGAAGAAGACCGGCAUCUCUGAGCAGACGAUGAUCGGCAUCGUAUGGACGAGUGUCAUGAGCUCCAUGGAGUGGAACAAGAAAGAGGAGCUCGUCACUGAACAAGCCAUCAAACACUUGAAGCAAUACAGCCCGCUGCUGAAUGCGUUCACGACACAGGGCCUGUCUGAACUCACUCUGCUCCUGAAGAUCCAGGAGUACUGCUACGACAACAUCCACUUCAUGAAGGCCUUCCAGAAGAUCGUGGUGCUGCUGUACAAAGCUGAUGUUCUGAGCGAGGAAGCCAUUCUAAAGUGGUACACCGAGGGCCACGUGGCCAAAGGCAAGAGCGUCUUCCUGGAGCAGAUGAAGAAGUUUGUGGAGUGGCUGAAGAACGCAGAGGAAGAGUCUGAAUCUGAUGAGGAGGAGGGAGACUGAGACGCUUCAGCUGCUGCUGGACUCAAAUGUUUUGUUACGAAAAAAAAAAAAAGGAAGUGCUCGUCUUUCGGAGUUUUACUUUAUCCCCUGUCCCCCUCCCACGCCUUUUUUUUUUUUAUAUAUAUAAUUUUAUUUUAUUUCCCCCCCAUUUCUACCUCCGGGUUUUUUUGUUUGGUUUUGUUUUCCCACCCUCUGACCCCCACUCCAACCAUAACACUUUAGAUGUCGUUUAAGGGCUUUGUAAUGGUUAAUUUUAACAGAUUUGUUUUUGUAUCUGAUCUUACAGUUUACACUUUAAACAGAUCAUGAAACAGCAAAGCAAGGCUUUUUUUUUUUUUUUUUUUUGGUAGUUUUGGAUUUUGUAAAUUAUUCUGUGAUCACUUUCACGAAUUUGACAUUCCAGAAAUUUUUGUUUGUGUUUUGGACCUCGAGUGUGGCUGAAAAGCCCGAGUUUAAAAUCUCCCACCAUGGUGAUUAUGGAUUGGACGGAUGAGUGAAAGAUGACCCGGUUAAAGCCCUGCCCGUGAGUAGAAACAUCACUAGCUUCACCAGCUAGUCUCCUUCAGCUAGUUGCCCUUUCAAAAGAGAAAAACAAAGACGCCUGACUUUAUCUCUGCUUUUGAUCUUCUCAGAUUUCUUUAAUCCUGUUGAAUUUUUUUUUUUUUUUUUAAAGAAAUAAAAAUGAGAAAUUAUCAAGUGCC